UGAUCGUAGGAACUAGUUCUUUAGUAAAUCCUCGAACAACUUCUAUGAACUGAAUACACAAUUUCUGCCUCGUCUUCGAAGAAAAGUAAUCGUUUUCGAGUGAUGCAAAUUGAAAUGAUGCGAUAUUGGCACUGCAACAAAUAAGAGAGCGUCGAUGGAAGAGGGGGUCUUCGGCAAAAGUAUACAACCCAGGUUGUUUUGCAGUUUCAACAUACGCGAUUCCGAAGUGAAAGACAUCGAACGUGACCAUAGACUGUGAAGUGGAAACGUGCCUUCUAGUGCAGCAUCGAUAUGGCCAGGAUCGGGCCCAUCGCGACGUUGGUGAUUGCCAUUUGUUUCGUCGGGCAAAGCCAUAGUGCUCAAUACUUGGGCAAACUCCUAGGAAAACUUUCAGAACUACAUCACGGUGUAUCUGGAGAAGUUUAUGCUGUCGACGGACGAACACUUUACAUCAAGGACUUUACUUACGACGGUCAAGGACCUGCGGCCUAUUUCUACGCCAGCACCCACAAAGCGGCAGACAAAAACGGCUUCCGGUUGAGGGACGAGAACGGAAGUGGAGAAGUAAUCAGGAGGUACCGAAAGGAAGGCGUCACUCUCACCCUCCCCGAAGGAAAAACUUUGAGCAACAUCAAGAUAUUUUAUGUAUGGUGCGAGGAUUUCGAUGUCAACUUUGGAGACGUCAAGAUUCCCAGGGCUUUCGACUACCCCCGACCACAAAAAAUCCAACCCUUGAAAGGCGUUCAUUCUAUCACCUCGGACAACAUAGUUGUUGUAGAUGCACAAACUUUGUUGGUCCCAAACUUAUCUUACGACGGUGAAGCUCCAGAUGCGAAGUUUUGGGUUGGACCGGGCAGCAAACCCUCACCUCAAGGUAUCCGAGUACCAGACGAAAAUGGCAAGGAAGUACCUCUGAGAAGGUAUGAUAGGAAAACCGUCGUUUUAACCCUACCAGGUGAUUUAACAGUCUUCGAUAUUGGUCAUUUCGGAAUCUGGUGUGAGCAGUUCACAGUUGAUUUUGGGCACGUGCUCAUCCCUCAAAGUCUGAACAUACCGCCAUCUUUAAAAAUGCUCGGAGUCAGCCCACAGUGUUCCUACUAUGGACAACUUAUGGUUUGCAGAUACAAGAUGUAUCUACAAACCAUAUUGAACAUCGCAGAACCAAUUAUCCAUAGUUACGUUUCAUCCAGUGUUGUGUAUGGGUGA